GGCUUCCGUAAUUGUAGUUUCCUAUCUACCGUGCUAACUGAACAUGCGCCGAAUGCAGACGCCGUGUUUUUGUAGAUGCAGGCAAAGGUAAGGGAAGGCAGAGAAAUUGAUAGGAGAUGAAUCUUGAAAAGUCCCUGUAACGUGACGUUUCUAAUGUCGUGGUUCGGUUUUGGGUUCAACGGGUUUGGGCAGAUAAUACCCCGAGCCAGAGCCAGUGCUGGAGUAAAGGUGCUGUUUCCGGAAAGACUCGAGUGUUGCGACUGUGAUGUCGGGCAGACUCGGGUCACUCGGACCGAGAAAGAUGAACGAUUACCUGGAGAACACUGCUGCACUGAGAUCCGGGCGACGUGGAGCAGACGCGCAGUCGUGCACCGGCAGACAGUUACAAAGUUCGAACAAUCUUAUAGCAAAACGUGUCAAUGCGCCUGCCUAGCUAUUGAAUAGACCGCUAUUUAAGGGUAUGAUGAAUCCUUUUGACAACGGUACGUGUUGCACUGUUGCUGCACUGUAUGUGGUCACCAGAUGCAACAUUUCUGCUUCAGAGAAUAGAUGCCACGGGGAAGAACGCUGCUUUAUUCAGAAGGUGGUAGCUUGUGCGGUGUAUCAGACAUUUGUUUUGCAUUUUAUUCAGGUGAUGUCUGCAUCUCAGGGUUUGUGACUAGUCCGUCCAAUCAGAAUGCCUGCACCCACGUUCCAGCCACCAAGGGCUGCCAGGAUGCCCUGAUUGGAGAGCGGUACCUGACUGCGUCCUUCACUGACAAAAUAGAAUGCUGGGAUAUUGGAGGACUAGGCAGUCAGCCUGUCUGUGAGGAUGGAGCUAACCAAAACUGAUACAGCAGGUAGUGCAUUGUAAAUACUGAGAAUGGACAUAUAUUAAUAAGAAAGAAAGAAGGCUUAUUUCUGGUAUUUUUUCUUCAUAUCAUUUCCUUCUCAAGUUCAGAUGGAAAUACUUCCGUCGCACAGCAUCUGAAGACACUCUGGGUUUUCAAAUCAUGAGCUUUUGAGUCACACCUGAGCUUAUUUAAACAAACAGUAGAGACGUCAAGCGCAGGUAAAACCUGGAGUGGCUCAGACAGCUAUGCAGAGUGAAAUCAUUUUACAAGAGCUAUCAAGAACACCAUUCACUGUGACUCCAUAUCCAAUGUGGGUUUAAUACUUUUGAAAUGAGGUAUUCAUCCACCCAGCUGGCCGUUGUCUUUCUCGUUUCCUCCCUCAGCACUGCCCCUGGCUCCCGGGGGGUAUGCCUUUCCGAAGACACCCUUCUAUCGGGCCCUCGCUCCACAGAUCUGCGCCCGGAAGCUGGCCCUGGCCAUGGUCAGCUGGGUCACGGCAGUGUGGAGAGCCAGCCAGAGCCCCUGGCAGUGGAGGGGCUCAGAGGGCUGCCCAUGGGGGAUGUGGCAGCUGGGGGCUGGCAUUCCGUCUGCAUCAGCGCGGGGGGAGACCUGUAUGUGUGGGGCUGGAAUGAGGCUGGUCAGCUGGGGCUGCCCUCACGGUGCCUGAGAGCACAGGCGGAGCACGGCAGCGCUGGAGAAGCAGGAUGCGCCGUGGUACCUACAAGACAGGAAGCAGCUGUGACACAGGAAGGGGAGGGCUCAGAGGUGUUCAUUUCAAUCCAGGCUUUUCCUGCCCUGCUGGACUUGCCCGAGGAGUCAGAGAUGAAGAAGAUGAGCUGUGGGACACGGCAUACCGCAGCCGACACGUGUGCUGGGGAUCUUUACACGUGGGGCUGGGGUGAUUAUGGGCAGUUGGGACACGGCACCCCCCGGAGCUCAGACCAGCCACUGCAUGUGGAGUAUUUUACAAAAGAAGGUCUCUGUGUUCUUGAUGUGGUGUGUGGUUCCUGGAACACUUUUGUAUUGGCCUCAGAGCGAGCCGCCUCAUUUGAAUAAUCCCCAGUGUCUUUUUGUAUCUUAGUCCUCCAGUCACACCUCUCUGUUAUGGGAUAGGAUCUGUACUGUUAACCCGACACAGAUUUAAAAGGCUUCAGUAAAACAUCUGGAUGUGUACCAAGUACACUUUGAAAAGAAGUGAAAAUAGAUAUUUUUUACUGCAACUUGUAAUAGUACAGAGUACACCCGAGAUGCAGAGUUUUCUUUUCCUGCAUAAUAAAUCUUGAAGUACAGUUGCAUCAAUAUGGUUUUCCCAUGCUGAAUUCCAAACACACUGGACAGCAUAAAGACCAACCACAAGUCAUCUGUGCAAUCAAUGACAGGAGCAUUUUUCUAUUACUAACAGAAACAACUCAUCCCUUCUUUGUGUACUCAUGCAGUUAUGCAAUAACAGACAAAGCAUUUAAGGAAGUAAGUAACUUUUAUUUAUUAAAAGAGUUAUGUUUUUA